AUGGAUAUACUUAUUAAUGCUGUAGGUGGCAUUGUUGUUGAGGUGGGAAAGUUUGUAUGUAAAUGCAUCUAUCCAAAGAUUGAAAAUAUUGUCCGUUUCUCGUCAAAAAUUGAAAAUCUAAGGGAGGAAAUGGAGAAGCUAACAAAGUUUAGAGAUGAAAUCAACGGAAAGGUGGUGAAAGAUGUGGGAGAAGGCUAUAAAACAAAACCAGAUGUUAUCAAGUGGAUCAAAAAUGUUUGCGAGCUGGAGGAUGAAUGGGAAACUAUGCAACAAAGCAUUGCAGCAGCUAAGACAUUUGCGUAUAAAUGCUGUCCAAAAUGGAGCCUUCGCUCUCAAGUCUCCACUCAAGCACAGAAGAUUCAAGAUCAACUUUUCAGGCUUAAACAAGUCGGAGAAAGCUUUGAAUCAAAUUUGAUGGUAGAAAAUUACCAGAUGAAAAGAGUUGAGUUCAUCGCGGGACCAUCAGUAGAGGGUCAGUCAGCAGCAACAAGGAAUCUCAACGAAAUCCUACGACUAUUGGAAGAUGAUAAGGUAUGCAUCAUUGGUGUGGUGGGUCCAGGAGGAGUUGGUAAAACAACAUUGGUAAAGAAUCUGAACAAUGAGCUUCUAAAGAUUAAUGUGUCAAAUUCUAAAUUGUCUUUUGGUGUUGUGGUAUGGGUUACCGUGCCCAAACCACCAAUAGACAUAAAAAAGAUUCAAGCACAAAUUGUGAGCAGAUUAAACCUGAAGGUAGAUAGCGAGGGAAGUGAAGUAAGCAUUGCCAGCAAAAUCUUGGAAAGGCUCAACCAAGAAAAAAGUUUCCUUGUCAUACUAGAUGAUGUUUGGGAUGCUAUAAAUUUGGAUCAUGUAGGUGUGCCCCAACCCAAAGCUCACACAGGAAGCAAGGUUAUUAUAACUUCUCGUUUUGGGGAUGUUUGUAAGAAAAUGAAAACAGACAUCGAAAUGAAUAUUUCCACAUUGAAGGAAGAUGAAUCUUGGCAAUUGUUUAUCAAAACUGCAGGAGAUGUUGCCAAUCGGGAGAAUAUUCAACCAAUUGCAAGGGAUAUUGCAAGAGAGUGUGGCGGUUUACCUUUAGCAAUAACUGUUAUUGGGGCAUGUAUGAGCGGGAAGAACAGGGUCGAGGAAUGGGUAGAUGCUUUGGAUUCACUUAGAAUGUCUGAACCUUAUGACAAAGAUGUAAUAGAUGAGGUUUACAAGAUGAUCUCAUACAUUGCUGGUGGGCAGAGGGGUUCCUUGGUGAAUUCGACACAUACGAAAAAGCUUAUAACAGGGGAAUCACAAUAA